GUAUUUGUGCUUAAUUACUCAGAAGAAAACACUUAAUUCUCAAAAUCAUGACAACAUCUCAAACUUCUCCUCCCAAAUACUUACAAGAGAAUACCUUAAGUGAAGAGUGUAAGAAAUUGCUUUCUACCCUACCAAAAGAAAAAGGAUGGAUUGGAUCAUAUAUGUACAAUUACCAAGGUUGUUGGAUACCAACAAAAUUUAUCCAAGGUACAAUUGCAUUUCAACAACAGUUUGAAGCUGAAGAUAGUGAUAUCGUCCUUGUUACAACUCCAAAAUCAGAAACUACAUGGUUAAAAUUACUUUUAUUCCCUAUGGUGAAUCGAAUGAAACAUUCUAUUUUUGAACAAAAUCAUCCUUUAACUGUCGAGAACCCUCAUGUUCUUGUUCCAUUCUUGGAACAUACACUGUAUUUUGAUGGUCGAGUCCCUGAGUUCUCAUCCUUCACUUCACCUAGACUCUUGGCAACUCAUAUGUCCUUUGCUUCAAGAACCAAACUUGUUUACUUAUGUAGGAAUCCUAAGGACACUUUUAUUUCUAUGUGGCAUUUUGCAAACAAUUUAAGAGUUCAUCAGAAAGAUACCAAUUCAAUUGAGGAAAUGUUUGAUCUUUUUUGUAAGGGGGUGAGCAUUUAUGGUCCAAUUUGGGAUCAUGUGUUGGAUUAUUGGAAACAAAGCAUAGAAAAGCCAAACAAAGUACUUUUCUUGAUGUAUGAAGAAGUUAAAGAGAAACCAAAAGUUCAACUUCAACGCUUGGCUGAAUUCUUGGAAUGUCCAUUUUCCACGGAGGAAGAAAAUUGUGGAGUGGCUGAUGAAAUAUUAAGAAUGUGUAGUUUUGAGAAUUUGAGCAAAUUGGAGGUGAAUAAAAAGAAGACGUUGCCAAGUGGAGAGGAAAAUAAAGCGUUCUUUCGUAAAGGGGAAAUUGGAGAUUGGAAGAAUUAUUUUACUGAAGAGAUGAAUCAAAAACACAAUCAUAUCAUUGAACAGAAGUUCCAAGGAUCUGGAUUAAAGUUUUCAUAUAUUUGAUUAGGCAUUAGUAUGCAAUAUGUUAUUUUGAUGCAUUUAUUUAUUUUGAAAAAUGUUGUAGUAGUCGUUAUCUCAUUAGGAUUUGUAAGCUAAGGUCAGGUCUAGCCCCCCUGCUUGUACUCUUCUAUUUGAGGUUUUCCUUUUUA